AGGCAAGGAUGAGCCCCCAGGUGUCCCUAGAUGCCAAGUCAACACUCCUUUCCCUCCCUGAAGAUCAGCCGUGGGAACCGUGGCCAUGGCGUCCCCAUCGGAGCCUGUUACGUUCAGGGAGUUCUGCCCUUUGUAUUAUCUCCUCAACGCCAUUCCCACGAAGAUCCAGAAGGGUUUCCGCUCUGUGGCCGUCUACCUGACAGCCCUCGACACCAGCGGGGACUACAUUGCCGUGGGCAGCAGCACCGGCAUGCUCUACCUGUACUGCCGGCGCCUCAGCCGGAUGAAGAAGUACAACUUCGAGGGGAAAACGGAAGCCAUCACGGUGGUGAAGCUGCUGAGCUGCUUUGAUGACCUGGUGGCCGCAGGCACAGCCUCCGGGAGGGUCGCCGUCUUCCAGCUGGUGUCCUUGCUGCCCGGGAGGAACAAGCAGCUCCGGAGAUUUGAUGUCACUGGGAUUCACAAAAACAGCAUCACAGCCCUGGCAUGGAGCCCCAAUGGGAUGAAACUGUUCUCUGGAGACGACAGAGGGAGAAUUGUCUAUUCCUCUCUGGACCUAGACCAGUGUGGCCGAUCGCAGGCUGCACUGGGAGAACCGCCGCUGUGCGGGAAGCUGUCCGGUGACACUGCUGAGGGUCCCCGUGUGUCCUUUGCUGCCCGCCACUCGCCGGCCCGCACUGGGAAAUUUGGUGCUUGUUUUAUACCAGGACUUUGUAAGCAAAGCGAUCUGACCUUGUACGCAUCCCGGCCAGGGCUCCGGCUGUGGAGGGCUGACGUCCAGGGGACUGUGCAAGCCACGUUUAUCUUAAAAGAUGCCUUUGCUGGAGGAGUCAAGCCCUUCGAGUUGUACCCGCGCCUGGACUCCUUCGACCCGGGAAGUGGCAGCUUACCCGAGAGGCACCUGGGGCUGGUUUCCUGCUUCUUCCGGGAAGGCUGGGUAUUGAGUUGGAACGAAUAUAGUGUUUACCUUCUAGACACUGUCAACCAGGCCACGAUUGCUGGUUUGGAAGGAUCGGGUGAUAUCGUGUCUGUUUCCUGCACAGAAAAUGAAAUAUUUCUCUUAAAGGGAGAUAGGAACAUCAUAAGGAUUUCUAGCAGGCCGGAGGGACUAGCGUCCGUAGGACGAGACAGCCUGGAGACGCCAGGAUGCACAGAGCAAGUCCCCGCGCAGCACACAGAGAGGCCGCCAGGGGCCACAGUCUCGGAGCCGAGGCUCAGAGGCGCUUCCGUGGCCAGCUCCGUGGCCAGCGAGCCGAGGAGCAGGAGCAGCUCGCUCAACUCCACCGACAGCGGCUCCGGGCCCCAGGCAGCCCUGGAGCUGGGCAGGGCCAGCCAGCCCGCCUCGCAGAGGUUCAGUGUCAUUAGCUCGGAAGACUUCGACCAGGAGCUCAUUGUGAAGCCUCUCAAAGUGAAGAAGAAGAGGAGGAAGAAGAAGGCAGAAGGCGGAGGCAAGAGCGCCUGGCACAGUUCCCUUGAAUCGACUCCCUGCUGUGAGUUUCCUGAUGACAGUCCCCAGUCCCUGAACACAGACCUGCUGUCCACGACCUCAAGUUUGGGCAGCAUCGUGGAUCGGGUGAGCACAGAAUCUCCCGACUGGGAGAGCAGCCUCAGUGGCGAGGUGAAUGGUGUCCUGCAGGAGAACCAUGACCCGGGAGCAUUCAGUGUCCUGGAGGUGCCUGAGCUCGCCCCUGACUUACUCAGCGAAGAUGACAGAGUGGAGGUCCCGCGAUGGAGCCCGGCAGGCGAGAUGGAGCUGCGUGGUGGGGGGUUGCGCCUACCCCUGCACCCGAGGGGAGAUGUGGAAGGUGGCGAGGUCACAGAGCUCGAGGGGGAGCCUCGUCCUGCGGACAGUGGACCCAGUAGCAGACAGUCACCUUGCCAAGACCAGGACAGCCCUGCUGAGGCCCAGGAGGAGGGGGGCUGGGAGCCUGAGGAUCCCCAGUGCACGGUGUCUGAAGCCUCUCUCCUGGACUUGCCCCCCGUGCCUUCCAGCCCUAGCUGGGCCCCCAGUGCUGAGGGCAAGCUGCUGGAGACCAGAGUGAACAAAGGCAGCGCCAAGGAGACCGGCGGAGAGCAGGGCCUGCUGAUGCACGUGGCGGCUCCUGGCCACCUCGGUUCCGAUCCCUGGCAUGCUGUCACUGAUGAUGGCAUGGGCCAGAGAGCAGUGGUUGCUUCCGAAUGUGACCUGGGGAGUGUGGGCGGAUGGCUGACUCCUCCCGUCUGUGCCUCGGCGGCCAGCGCCCAGGACCCUCGCCCUGAGCAUUCCUCACGGGAUCAGGUGCUGACGUCCAGCGACGAGGAGGACAUCUAUGCCCAAGGGCUGCCCUCUUCAUCCUCGGAGACGAGUGUGGCGGAGCUCGGAGGCAGCCGCUCCCUGCAGGACCUGAACCAGCCGGCCGACGACGACGCUGGGCUGCUGAAGUCCGAUCAGUUUGCAGAAAGCUGGAUGGGCUACUCUGGCCCCGGCCACGGCAUACUCAGCCUGGGGGUCUCCGAGAAGCACGUCUGGUGCCUGGACUACAGAGGCGGCCUGUUCUGCAGUGCCUUGCGGGGCGCCGGGCUGCGCUGGCAGAAGUUUGAAGAUGCCGUCCAGCAGGUGGCAGUCUCGCCCUCAGGAGCCCUCCUCUGGAAGAUUGAGCAGAAGUCUAACCGGGCUUUUGCUUGUGGCAAAGUGACCAUCAAGGGCAAACGGCACUGGUACGAGGCGCUGCCCCAGGCCGUGUUUGUGGCACUGAGUGAGGACGCUGCCUGGGUCAUCAGGACCAACGGAGACCUGUACCUGCAGACAGGUCUCAGCGUGGAUCGCCCCUGUGCCAGAGCCAUAAAGGUCGACUGCCCGUACCCACUGUCCCAGGUGACAGCCCGGAACAGCGUGGUGUGGGCGCUGACGGAGCAGAGAGCCCUCCUGUACCGGGAGGGCGUGAGCAGCUUCUGUCCUGAAGGGGAGCAGUGGAAGUGUGACAUCGUCAGCGAAAGGCAGGCCUUGGAACCUGUCUGUGUGGCGCUCGGGGACCAGCAGACCCUGUGGGCGCUGGACAUCCACGGAACCCUGUGGUUCAGAACCGGCAUUGUUCCCAAGAAGCCCCAAGGGGAGGACGACCACUGGUGGCAAGUGAGCAUCACAGACUACGUGGUGUUCGACCAGUGCAGCCUAUUCCAGACCAUCAUGCACGCCACACACUCGGUGGCUACGGCGGCCCAAGUGCCCGUGGAAAAGGUGGCAGACAAGCUGCGCACGGCGUUUUGGUCUCAGCAGCUUCAGUGCCAGCCCAGCCUCCUGGGGGUCAACAACAGCGGCGUCUGGAUCUCCUCGGGCAAGAAUGACCUCCACGUCGCCAAGGGGAGUCUCAUCGGCACUCACUGGAACAACGUUGUUCCCCGUGGGACAGCUUCUGCUACCAAAUGGGCCUUUGUGUUGGCCUCCCCUGCUCCCACGAAGGAAGGCAGCUCCUUGUGGCUGUGCCAGGGCAGCAAGGACCUGUGCAGCGUGGGCGCCCAGCACGCGCAGUCCCGCCCGUCCACGGUGCAGCUGCCGCCCGACACCGAGAUGAGAGCCUACGCCGCCUGCCAGGACGCUCUGUGGGCGCUGGACAGCCUGGGCCAGGUGUUCAUCAGGACGCUGUCCGCCAGCUGCCCCACCGGCCUGCACUGGACCCGGCUGGACCUUGCCCAGCUAGGAGCUGCAAAACUGACGAGCUUGGCGUGUGGAAACCAGCACGUGUGGGCCUGUGAUUCCAGGGGCGGCGUGUACUUCCGCGUGGGCACCCAGCCUCUGAACCCCAGUCUCAUGCUUCCGGCCUGGAUAACGAUUGAGCCCCCCGUCCAGCCUGCCGGGGUCACCUUGGUCAGCGUCCACUGCAGCCCCAACGACCAGAUGCUGUGGGCGCUCGACAGCCGGUGCAACGUGCACGUCCGCGUCGGGAUCACCGAGGAGAUGCCCGUGGGGACCGACUGGGAUCACGUGCCAGGGCUGCAGGCCUGCCAGCUGGCGCUCAGCACCAGGACCGUGUGGGCCCGCUGCCCCAACGGGGACCUCGCCCGGCGCUACGGCGUCACUGACAAGCACCCCGCGGGGGACUACUGGAAGAAAGUGCCCGGGCACGCCACGUGCCUCACAGUGACCUCGUCAGAUGAGCUGUGGGCAGUGGGCCCGCCCGGCUACCUCCUCCAGCGGCUCACAAGGACCUUCAGCCACGCGCACGGUGCCCAGAGCAGCCCGGCCGCCACCUCACACCCUGAGGACCUGGAGGACGAGUGGGAGGUCAUCUGAAGGAGCUCGGGCGGCGCUCAGGGCGGCCGGAUGUGCCGUGCGCCAUCGGUUCUGAGCCGCGCUCUCGGACACGCCGCAUCCACGCGUCUGGACAUGUGGGCACGUUGGACGCCCCACACUUGCUUUCACCAUGUUUGUUUCCGUCUCGUUCCAGAACCACAGCCUCAGCCGAGUAACCGGAGCCUGCGCGGGCGUCCACGUGAGGCAGUGGCUGCGGCCAGGUGCACGCACCAGUUUCCCAUGUGCUGCGGUCAGGGCCUCGUCGCUGACCACACCGUGGGGCUGCCACAGCAGCCACGUCUAGGCCGAAGGUCAGUGCUCCCACCACUGAACAUGCUCCCACGUGGUGCACCUCCUCCCAGGGACGCAGGUUCCCACACACAUCCCACGCCAGGCGCCCAGACGGGAACCCAAGGCCGAGUUGGAGGGGUCGGCGCUGGCCGUGCCAGGAUGGAGGCCACGCCGCAGCCGCCCAGGCCAGAAUGCGCUCACCGCCUGGAGACACUCCAGCCACAACACUACAGGCCAGCAGGCGAUGACCUGGCCGU